AUGGGUCCGGGCAUCUGGAGGUUACACGCCUCAAUGGUACGGAGGCCAGGGGUGCGGAAGAUUAUUGAUGCCACAGUCCGGAGGACACCGGUAAAUGACGGCAGCAGCUUCGAACUCCUGAUUGCUCGUCUGAGGGCUGGUUUACGGACAUAUGCAAGGGAAGAAAGUAAACGGAUUAAGAAGACGCUGGCUCACCUGGUCAGCAGAGUUGCGGUGCUGAAGCAGGAGUUGAUGGGGAACCCCGGCUGUAAUGUCACACGGGAAGCGUUGGCAGCUAAGGAGCUGCAACUGAAAGCAUACCAAGAGGCUCGAAGAGAGAGACUGCAUCUGCAGGCCGGGUUGUCGGAGGAGAUGACUGGAGAAAUUGCUUCGAAGCACCUGUCUGCAAAGGUCCGGGCAAGGAAAGCUCGUACACAGAUCAAGGAGUUGAAAGAUGGUGGUACUACAGUGACCGGCGUACAACACAUUCUUGGUGCUGCGUCGGAUUUCUUCAACAAAAUUUUCGGCAAGGAUCGCCGAACGGAUUUCUCAGACUGGAUUUUCAACCCGAGCAGACGCCUGAGGAAAGAGGCGGAGGCGAUGUUGAUGGCGGACUGGACAGAGCAGGAGGUGAAGGAAGCCUUCACGGCAAUGGCGAGGAAUAAAUCACCUGGAGGUGAUGGUCUUCCAAAGGAGUUGUUUGAGUGUCAUUGGGAUCUGCUGGGGGGGAGCUUCAUGGCGCUGGUUAGAGAUUUUGAGAAAUCAGCAUCCCUUCCGGUGGAGCUUAAAGAGGCGGUCACAAUUUUGCUGCAUAAGAAGGGUGACCGCGACCAGCUAAAUAACUAUCGGCCUAUCACCCUUCUCAACUUCACGUACAAGGUGUUGGCCAGGGUGAUGGCGGACCGGAUGAAGCGAGUUUUGCAUCAAGUCAUCUCACCGGAGCAAUGCGGGUUCCUUCCGGGAAGAAGUCUCUCAGACGCGGUUGCGCUGGUUGUAGACAUCAUUGAUGUGGCGAAAAACGAGAAGGCCGACUGGUAUCUGCUGCUGGUUGAUUUUCAGAAGGCUUUUGACUCGGUGUUACGGGACUUCCUCUUCCAGGUGCUUCGGAAAAUGGGAUUCCCGGAGCGAUAUGUUGGCUGGAUUGAAGGCCUGCAUGAGAACACCACGACGAAGCUCCUGGUCAACGGCUGGUUAGGCGAUGGACUGAAUGAGGCUUCGGGGGUCCGACAAGGCUGCCCGCUUGCACCCUACCUCUUCCUGUGUGCAGUGGAGCCGCUGGCUCAGGAAGUGGAGAAGGAGAAGCUGGGGCACAGUAAGGAGGGGCAGCAACUCGGCUAUCUUGGGUAUGCUGAUGAUACUACGCUGAUCCUGCAAGGAAAGGAGCAGAUCGUUAAAGCGGAAGAGAUUCUGGACAAAUUUGAGAAAGUGGCUGGGCUGGCUACAAACAAAGGGAAAUCGGUGCUGUUACCUUUGGGAGAGAACAUUGGAGCUGUGGCGGAUGGCUCGUCCAAUUUCAAAUGGGCGGGAGCGGAUGAUGCGGAGCGCCUGCUGGGUGUGUGGGUGACUCCUGCUGGGAACGGUCAGAAAACAUGGGAGAAGGCGUUGGAACGCAUCGCGAAGAAGCUGGUAAAAUGGAAACAGAAGUAUCUGACGACAGCGGCACGAGCGUCGGUGGUGAAUUGCUACAUCACCCCGCUGAUCGCUUUCCAGGCCCAAGUUUUCCCGCCACCUGCAAGCAUCUAG